AGAAGGAAGAGGAAGGCAGGCAUCAUGGAGGACGAGCUGUACCUGGAGAACAUCGACGAGUUCGUCACGGACCAGAACCGCGUCGUGACCUACAAAUGGCUCAGCUACACCUUGGGUGUUCAUGUCAACCAAGCUAAGCAGAUGCUGUAUGACUAUGUGGAAAGAAAGCGGAAGGAGAGUCCGGGAGUCCAGUUGCACGUCACCUAUUUGGUAGCAGGCAACCUCGUUCAGAACGGACACACAUGCCACAAGGUUGCAGUAGUGAAGGAAGAAAAGCUAGAAGCUAUGAAGUCAAAGCUGUCCACAGUUGCCAGUGUUCACGUCUACAGCAUCCAGAAAGCCACCUUGAAGGAUAGUGGCCCACUGUACAGCACAGACUAUGAUAUCAUCAAAGCUAACCUGCAGAACUGCAGCAAGUUCAGUGCCAUUCAUUGUGCUGCUGCCAUUGCGCGUUCUGCAGCCGAAAUGGCUCAGGUUGAAACCCCAGCACCAGCGAAUGCUCAGAUGCCGCCUGGGACAAAUGGUGCUGGCACCACCGCCACCCAUGUGGUAAAUGGCCAGGCUCCAAAGGUUUCGUCAAAGCAGGCUGCCCCGCAGGCCAAGGGCAUCAUGGGAAUGUUUGCAUCAAUGUCUGCCGCCACCAGCAAACCCCAAGAGACGCAGAAAGAAGCAAAACGGGAGGUGAAAGAGGCACCAAGUGCCUCGGCAGGAAGCAGCAAGGUGCCUGCAAAAGUAAACGUGCUGAAUAACUUCUUUGGAAAGGCUGCAGUGAGUAAAGAUGGCAAAGGCAGCGCUGAAGCAGAGCAGCAAAAGGAGGAGAAACCAGCAGCCAAGUCUUCGGCGUCUUCAGCGGAAGCCAAAUCACCUCCCGGUGCUCCAGCUCUUGAGAAAGCCAAAAAGAAAUCAGAGCCUGCGAAAGGGCAGAUGAAAGACAAGAGAAGAGCAAAACGGGCAGAGAUAUCGGAUGAUGAAGAGAAAAAAGGUGGAAAUUUGAAGAAAAAGAGGCGUCGAAUCAGGCAGCCUCAGUCGGACAGCAGUGAUGAAGAAGACGUGCCAGAGUCCCCUCUCACUCCUGAAGAGAAAGAGGCUUCCCCAGAGCCAGAACCAGAGCCUGUGAAGCCGGACUCAGACCCCGAGAAGACAGAGGCUGCACCGGGCGACGAGAAACAGAGGCGGAACCGGAGGCGGAAACGAGUGCUGAAGUCCAAAACGUUUGUUGACGAGGAAGGCUGCAUGGUGACCGAAAAGGUUUACGAGAGCGAGUCCUGUACAGACAGCGAAGAAGAUUUCCGGUCCAAGCCCCCCUCGGCUCCUAAACCACCUGCUGGGGCCACAAAGAAGGAGCCCAAAGAAGAGAAAAAGGGGGCCAAGAAAGGGGUGUCUGUGGCCAGCAAAGCCAACAAGCAAGCCUCCAUCAUGGGCUUCUUCCUGAAGAAAUGACCUCCCGUUGCGCUCCAGCGUGGAGGCGUUGCUUGAGAUCAAAAACACACGUACUUACUGUGUAAGUGAGAGAACAGGACCGGGAGCCACUUGAGGAACGCUUUUGUGGCUGAACUGAACAGAAAUAAGCUGCCAGAGACAAGAUUUUGUGUGCAUCAGAUUGCCGUGUUCCAAAUGUGGGAGACAGCAUCACAUGGAUUAUGACUUUAUAUAUGUAUUUUCAGAGCUGCCCAUGCUUGACACAAGCUGUACAAAUCCUUUCGUUUUCUUGGUGAUGGAUUCAGAUUACAUGAUGGAGACUUUUGAGAGCUGUUAUUGGGAAGGAAAAUUAUACUGAUUUGUAGCAGGAGGCCGAAGCAAGGGUCAUGGGAAUCACAAUAACCCAUGUACAACCAAGGCACCACAAUAGGAAGAAUAAGAAAUUAUAUUUCGUAAUUCCUCCAGUGUAUUAAGAUAUUAUUUCUGCAGUUUCCUCUUCUCUGGAUGCAGACGGUGGCAGAAUGCAUUGUGUUAAGGCAACACUUGACCUCUCUUCUCUCCUGAUUUGACAUUGCAAACACCACAAACGAUGAGCCUGACAUAAUAACAUAAGUUGCCCACCCAGAACUGAUUUGCUUCACCUUCUCAAAUGUUGGAUGUUUUAGGAAGUCCUGGAACAACCAAGCGUCUUCUUAAUGUUUUUAUUUUCCUUCAAAGCACCAACUUUGCAGAUGUUGUAAAAACUAUUGUGGCAUUUUGUGUAGGCAGAGAGUGCCUUCGUUGAACUAAGAGCAACUUUUUCCUGUAAUAAAGAAACUACUUAGAAUCACAA